CUCUCUCUCUCUCUCUCUCUCUACAAUGGUAAAGCUCAUCUUGCUGCUUUCUCUCUGUACGCUUGGAGCUACCAAUGGCGCCACCGCCGGAAACGCAACGGUGCCGGCGAUAUACAUACUCGGCGAUUCACUGGUAGACGUGGGGAACAAUAACCACCUUUUGACGACUAUAAAGGCCGACUUCCCCCACAAUGGUGUCGACUUCGCCGGCGGCAAGCCCACCGGCCGCUUCUGCAACGGCAGGAACGCCGCCGACUUCAUCGGUAUGUCUUCACCUAAUGGAGAAAAUUUUCAGGGUGAAUGCCUUUCAUUGAAUAAGCAGAUAGAGUAUUUAUCAACGGCAUAUGCAGCAAUGGUGGAGCAAAUUGGAGACAGGCAAACUCAGGAACACUUAGCCAAAUCCAUCUUUACUAUUAUCAUUGGAAGCAAUGAUAUAUUUGAUUAUGUUAAAUCCAACGGUGAGGCUACUCCACAGCAAUUUGUUGGUUCUUUGACCUCGACGCUGCAAGGCCAGCUGAAGGUACAAACUCAGGUUUCGUUUGGGACGGUUUUCUUACUGUUUCUUCAUCAGAGGAUAUACAACAUUGGCGCUCGCAAGUUUUCCUUCAUUGGCACCGGUCCUGUUGGCUGUUGUCCAGCCCUGAGGAGCCAGAGCAAAACUGGAGAGUGCAAAGAAGUGGCCAAUUUGGUUUCUCAUCUCUACAACGAAGAGAUCAUUUUUCUUCUUCACGAGAUGAAGUCGCAGUUCAGUGACAUGAACUACUCUUUCUUCAACACCUACAUUGCAUUGCUAGAAAUCAUCCAGAUGCCCUUCAAUCAUGGGUUUACUGAGGUGAAGGCUGCUUGUUGUGGGAUUGGAGACUUGAAUGCCAAGGUGGCCUGUACUCCCUUCUCUCACUACUGUUCUAACAGGACAAGCCAUAUCUUCUGGGACUACUACCACCCAACAGAGGCCACCGCCGGGAUCCUCACGGCUGAGAUCUUUGAUGGGUCAGCGCCGCAUGUUUAUCCGAUCAAUAUGAGGCAGCUGGGAGCUCUUUGA